AUGGGGGUUCGCAUCACCACAUGGAAUGGAUACUCGGGUGUUGUGAUUUACACACGUAAUGCCACAUGUUCUCCAAUAAGGGCAGAAGAGGGCAUUACUGGAGUUCUCUGUCCACCGAAAUCCUCAACAUCUUUCCGCAGUCUUCCAGAAGAGCAACAGAUAGGCGGAUACCCAACAUCUGAUCAGCUUUUCAGGCCUGCUAUGAAUCCUGAAGGGCCUGACUCGGAAGAGGAGCAGGAUGUGAGCUCGGCACCCGAUAUCAGAAUAGAUGCACCAACCCUCGACUCCGAAGGGCGAUGCGUCAUUCUAGAGUUUCCUGCGUUUGUCCUUAUCGGUGUCUAUUGCCCUGCCUAUCGGGAUGAGAGUCGGGAUAAUUUCCGCAUGGACUUUCUCAAUGCCCUAGAUUCUCGAAUCCGCAACCUGACUGCGAUGGGGAAGAAGGUGGUCGUGACUGGGGAUAUAAAUAUUUCGAAACAUGGUAUUGAUGCCGCUCAUGGAAUCGAAGCCAUACGAAAAGGUACAAUGACAGAGGAGGAAUUUGUAUCUAGCCCUUCUCGGCGUCUAUUCAACCACUUGAUAUCGGAUGGCGUCGUUAUCGGCGAACGCGAUAAAGGCAGGGAAAAUCCGGUCCUCUUUGAUGUCUGCAGGUCAUUCCAUCCAGAUCGUACAGGCAUGUAUACAUGCUGGGAUCAAAAACUCAAUGCUCGGCCAGGGAAUUACGGCUCAAGGAUUGACUAUGUGUUGUGCAGCUUGGAUAUGCAGAACUGGUUCUCCGACUCAAAUAUUCAAGAGGGAUUGAUGGGAUCGGACCACUGUCCUGUAUAUGCUGUCAUCAAAGAGUCUGUAGAUCUGCCCAGAGGCGAGGUAAACAUUCGGGAUAUUCUCAAUCCACCGGGAAUGUUCAACUGUGGCAAGCGCCAACAGGAAUACUCAAAUGAGUGUGUAUUGCCCGCUUCGGGGCGUUUGCUCCCCGAAUUCGACGUUGAUAAGCGCAGAAGCAUCAAGGACAUGUUCGCUCGCAAACCAACCAGCAUUCCGUCGGAUUCGGUAGAAAUAGCCGCUACACCGGCUAACAUGCGCACAACUCAAGCCACGAGAUCUACAGCCGUGCACACAGCCUUCGGGUCCACUGACUCGGCCAAAAAGGUUUCUACACCUACCGUCGAGAGGAAUCAGCACCCCCAGACUGUUUCUCGCAAACGCUCCCAGCCUCUACAAACCACAUUCGCGAAACGCUCCAAGUCCUCUAUAUCAACACCUUCCGGGGGCUCCGCGGCAGGCCAAAAGUCAUUGAUGGGCUUCUUCAAGCCAAAAGCUGCUAAUGUAUAUGAAGCUACCCGGUCACCCGUCGCUUUACCGGCACCGCCGACACCAUCACUCAACCACAAACCAUCAGAACUUCCACAAGAGAAAGGGAAAGCUCCAGCACCCAACCCGCAGCCUCCAGGGCCCCAAGAAGACGCCAUUAGAAAGGACGCUGACACUUAUACCGAAUGGCCGACGGCCGACAUGUUUGUUGAUGACACAAUAAUUGACCCCAUUGUCAGCAAGGAGGACUGGUCAAAGCUUUUCACCAAGAAACCCGUCCCACCUUGCGAUGGACAUCAAGAGCCGUGUAUCAGCUUGACCACGAAGAAACCCGGAAUGAAUCGCGGCCGAUCCUUUUGGAUCUGUCCCCGGCCAUUGGGACCUAGCGGAGAAAAGGAAAAGGGUACCCAAUGGCGGUGUCCCACAUUCAUAUGGGCUAGUGACUGGAACUCGCCGUUUGCAACGCAGGAGCAAUAG